GGAAUCACAUGCCGUCCAACACACCAUUGGCAAGAAAAUCAAGCUAGGGCUUGAUAGCUCGAAACCAUUUUCUCCCAUGGCGAACAAAGCCCUCGUCUCCGUGGCUGACACAAUCUACGAGCUCCAGAAGCAUCUCUUGGAUGGAAUCCAAACCGACACCCAAUUACACGCUGCCGGCUCAUUAAUGUCCAAGAACGAUUACAAACACGUCGUCACUGAAAGAUCCAUUGCCAAAUCUUGUGGGUACCCACUUUGCCCCAAUGAUUUAUCAUGUAAUCAUGUUAAAAGUAAAGGGAAGUAUCAUAUUUCGCUGAGGGAGCACAGGGUUUAUGAUCUUGAAGAGAUGCGCAUGUACUGUUCGAUGAAAUGUCUAGUCGAGAGUAAGGCGUUUUUGGGGACAUUGCAGGAGGAGAGAAGCACGGUGCUUGAUGUGAGUAAGAUUGAAGAGAUUAUGGGGGUGUUUGGGGUGAGAGGGAAUGAUGGGGUGGGGAACAAAAGGAGAUUAAGGGUUGAGGGGUUGACGAUUAGGGAGAAUGAGGAAGUGGCAAUUGGGGAGGUUGUGGUUGGGGAUGCGAAUGCGAUUGAGGGGUAUGUUCCGAAGGGUUCUAGGGGGUUGGAUGGAAAGAAUCAGAAACAAGUGAUUAAACCUAGCAAAAAGAAGCCUGCUGAGAAAAAUGACUUGAAUUUUAGUGAGUUUGAUUUCAUGAGUACGAUUAUUACUCAAGAUGAGUAUAGUGUCUUUAAAGUAUCAUCGCAGUUACUGGCUGCUGGUUCUGGUUCCAAUGUUAAUAGUUCAGGGAGCAAAGUUAGAUUCGAGGAAAUGAAUGAUCAAUUUGCAGCAUUGGGAAUGUCUUCUGAUCAUGCAUCAAGUAGUUCAAAAACUAAAUUUGAAGAGCCAAAUCAGGACGGGGAUGUUGUUGACAUGAUUGAUAAUCUUAGUAUAUCAAGUGGUUGUCAAGGUGGACCUGGUGUAAAUGUAAUAGAAGCCAGGAAGGGAGCUCUUAGUGGAAAAACAGAUGAACGUAAUGUUGGCAUGCUCAAGCCUUCUUUGAAGUCUUUAAGUUCAAAGAAUGUUACGCGCUCUGUUACUUGGGCUGAUGAGAAGAGUGCUGGCAAUAGAAGGCUUUUUGAAGGCAGUGAGUUGGAAGAUACAAAACAGGAUUCUGAGGGCCUUAAUCGAACAAAUAUGGAAGAGAACGAUUCCUUAAGAUUAGCAUCAGCAGAGGCUUGUGCAGUAGCACUGAGCCAAGCAGCGGAAGCUGUUGCGUCUGGAGAUUCUGAUGUCCCUGAUGCAGUUUCUGAAGCAGGAAUAAUUGUAAUGCCACCACCAACAUAUGACGAACGUAGGGAUGCAGAUAUGGAUACGGACAUGGAACCAGCUGCUAUAAAGUGGCCACAGAAACAGGGCAUUACAGCUUCUGAUUUUUUUGAUAACUCCGAAGAUUCAUGGUAUGAUGAUGCUCCAGAAGGAUUCAAUUUAAUUUUAUCACCAUUUGCAUCAAUGUUUAUGUCGCUCUUUUCGUGGAUUUCAUCAUCUUCAUUGGCUUAUAUAUAUGGGCGGGAUGAAAGUUCACAUGAAGAGUAUCUCUCUGUUAAUGGAAGGGAAUACCCCCGUAGAGUGAUGGCCAUAGAUAAUCGUUCCUCUGAAAUCAAGCUGGCUGUUGCUGGAUGUCUUUCUCGGACUUUCCCGGAACUAGUCAAUGACCUUAGACUCCCAGUACCAGUAUCAACGUUGGAAAAGGGAAUGUCCUACUUGCUGGACACAAUGUCCUUUAUGGAUCCAGUUCCUCCUUUUAGUACAAAGCAGUGGCACGUUAUUAUUUUUUUGUUUCUUGACGCACUCUCUGUGUCUCGGGUUCCUUCGAUUGCUCCGUAUAUAAAAAGCAAGAGAAAACUGCUUCAGAAGGUGUUGGAUGGUGCAAAGAUAAGUGAAGAAGAGUAUGGACUUCUGAAGGAUUUAGUACUUCCACUUGGCCGAGUGCCUUACUUUUCUGCGCAAAGUGGAGGCUAAAGAACACUUCUAUAGUUAUUGAAGCUUCUCCAAAUUUAAACUCGCUCCGUAAUGCUGUUCUGACUUGUGUAGGCUUUGCUACUGAAUAUUAGAAGCUUGGCCAUUUUUUGUUUUUGUUUGUUUUUUGGUUUAUAGUUCAUUUAAUAUAAGUUUGAAUAUAUAAACAAAGACAUCUUUUAACAAUGAAGUGAACAUUGUAUGCA